AUGUUGCUGUUUCGUGUCGCGUCCGCGGCUGCUGCGCCCUCCUCCUCGACCACCACGAUUCCGCAUCUGCCGGUCCGGUACGAGCCGCUCAUCUCGCUGGAGCACGUCAACAUCAACGCCGGCGGCACGUGGACGGAGCAGCUCUCGCGCUUCUGGUUCAGCGUGAUGGGCGGCGCCGACGACCCGCGAGGCGCGGUCGUCUGCUCGCAGGUGCAGGCCGCCGGCGGGCCGAUGCAGGGCCUCCACUGGGCGAACUUUGGCCUCCAGCAGUUCCACUUGCCCGUCGGAGAGCCGGAGGACUCCGUGCAGGUCGUGCGAGGCGAGGUGGGGCUGGCGUACACCACUGAGGAGCUGGCAGCGCUGCAGCGGCGGCUGGAGGACGCCAGCGCUACGCACGCGGUUGGCGCCGACGGCAGCCUCCGCAUCACCUGCCCGGUUGGCAACCGUCUGCGUGCGGUCGAGUGGGCGGGCGCAGAGACCUGGUUUGGUCCGAAGCUGCUUCUCGACCCGCGCGAGGAGAGGCCGCUGCCCGGCGGUCCGUCGCGAGGGCUGGGCAUCCAGUACGUGCGCUUCGACGUCCCAGAAGGCGCCGCCGCCGGCAUCUGCCGCUUCUAUUUGCGGCUCUUUGGCGCCACCGCCGAGGUUGGCCGAGAGGGGAGGCGGCCCGUCUGCGUGGUGCGGCUCGGGCACCACCAGUCGCUGCAGUUCGCGGAGGCGCUGCCAGGCGAGCCGCCCGUCCGCCGGUACGACGGCCACCACGUCGCGCUCUACACAAACGACUUCGCCGCCGUGUACGAGCGCAGCCGCGAGGCGGGCCUGGACACGGGCGAGCUCCUCUACACGCUCGAGCACGAGGUGCGUUCCGUGAUGCACCCCGGCUUCUCCUGCCGCCACUGGAUCGCCGCUGAGGGGGAGGCGGCGAAGGAGAUGGUCGGGGACUACCCGACCGCGCCUGCUUCGCCCGCCUUCCCAGACCGAGAGGAGCUGUGACUAUGGUUUCGUGGUGUACACAUCUGUACAAGGGUGUGUGCGCGCUCGGGCAACGUCUUUCGUUGCUCUCGCGCUCGAGAGCGAGAGAGAGUGCGCCUGUGCCGGAGAAGACUGCAUCGCAUUGUCCCCGUUUCCUUUUGCAACGGUCAACGGACUGUGAAC